UGCCCCAUCCGGCACGAUAACGUGCCGGGUGUUGCAGGCAGUUCUAAAGUCGGACUAAAUUAUCUUCCUCGAUUUUCUUGUGCGAAAAUGUUUCGAGCAUUUGAAGACGAAGAGGACGACGGUUUAUUGUCAUUUUUAUCUUUAGACUGUCAAAAACCAUUAUAUAUUUACCAAGUUUUGGUGCUUUUGUUGCAUCAUUUUGUGUUUCCAAUUCUGAAGAUGAUGGCCAAUUCCAGUGAGGAGGAAAUCGACAUUGGUGGAUAUGACGAAGAGCCUGAAGCUCAAUCCAUGGAAUUGCAAGCAGAGAAUUAUAUUGGGCAACAAGAUAGUGAUGUUGAUAUUACACAGAACGAUGAGGAUCGACAAGAAACAGAGUCUGGUGAUGAUGAUGAAGUUGAAGGGGUUUAUGAUGCUUCAAAUGCUUCGGAAGGAUCUUCUGAAGAUGAAGAUUCUCGGGAACAUGAGAAUAAUGAAGUAGGUAUUGUGUUUGAUAGAGAAAAAGAUGAAGAAGAUGAGGAAUUGUUGGCUCUUCCUCCUCAUGGGACUCAAAUUUUUAUAGCCAAUCUCUCUAGAGAAGUUACAGAGGAAGACUUGAGAAAUCUCUGCAGAGUAUGUGGAGAGGUGGUGGAUAUUACUAUCGAUUGGGAAGAAAAUACACAGAGGACACAUGCCUUUGUUACUUUUACAAGCAAAAGAGUUGCAGACAGGGCCAUACGAGAGCUGAAUGGUAGGGUUUGCAAGGAUAGGGAAAUUAGGGUUUUGAAACACCAAGCAAAGAAUCGUUUGUUUCUUGGCAACAUCCCAUCUCAUUUGAAAGAAGAGGAUGUUGCAAAAAGGGUGUCUGAGCAGGGCCCCGGAUUUGAGCACAUACAACUGAUUAAGGGUGCAGAUGAUUCCUCAAGGAAUCGUAGGUUUGGCUUUGCUGAUUACUAUAAUCAUGCCUGUGCUGAAAAAUCAAUGAAAAACAUGAUACGGUCUCAGUUUAUGUUGGAAGGCAAGGUCAUAACUGUGCAGUGGGCGAAAAACAAUGGUAGCUCUGAACGGAUGAAGCAAGUGCAUGUGAGUAAUUUGCCUGAGAAUGUCACAGAAGAACAGAUGAGAGAAUUGUUUAGCCCACAUGGAGAGAUCACAAAAGUUCUGCUUUUUCCACUGAAGAAUUAUGGUUUUGUUCACUUUGCAGAGCAUCCCAGUGCUCUGAAAGCAAUUGAUAAGUCAGAGAAAUAUGUGAUUGAGGGGCAUGAGUUGAUUGCUAGCAUGGCAAGACAAAAAGGUGAGAGAAAACCCCCGUCUCAACAGAGCAUGGGACAUUACAGCUAUCCAUCUCGGAUACCAAAUUAUACACAUUAUGGCCAGUCUCAACAGAGUAUGGGACACUACAGCUAUCCAUCUCAGAUGCCAAAUUAUCCAUAUUAUGUUUAUGGUGCAAACAAUGCGUAUGAAAGCACGAGACUUGAUAAUGGUAGGACUGCAUAUAUGUUACAAUCACCAACAAAUUUGAUGGGUGCAUUUGCAGCUCCGUUUAUAUCACCUGGAUCUGCUUCUUAUGGAACUAUAUCAAAUUCAAAUAGGUCAAGUGGUGGAAUAAGAUCUGAUUACAGCCCCACUGAAAGAAAUUAUUCAAUUAGAUCAAGUGGAGAAAGAAGAUCUUAUAACAGGCUUGAUCAAAGAAAUUAUUCAAUUAGAUCAAGUGGAGAUAGAAGAUCUCAAGGCAGUCCUGCUCAAAGAAAUUACUCAAUUAGAUCAAGUGGAGAUAGAAGAUCUCUUUACAGUCCUGCUCAAAGAAAUUACUCAAUUAGAUCAAGUGGAGAUAGAAGAUCUCAUUACAGUCCUGCUCAAAGAGAUUAUUCAAUUAGAGCAAAUGGAGAAAGAAGAUCUCAUUACAGUCCUGCUGAAACAAAUUAUUCAAUUAGAUCAAUUGGAGAAAGAAGAUCUCAUUGCAAUCCUACUGAAAGAAGUUCAAGGAAUUAUGGUUCAAGAAAAUCAGGUAGGAAUGAUGAGAGACCGUCAAGAAGCCGACGUUUUGGUCCCUACUGAUCUCUUCAAAUCCGAAGUUCGAUACAAAGGCUUCAAUUUCUCUGCUGCAAAGCUGUGUUUAAUAAAUGUCAAAUGAUUUUGCCAUGCCUUCUUGCUCUUGAAGGAUGUCAACCAUUCAAUUCUGUAAUAAAAAGUUU